AUUAUGCUUAGAGGAUUCUGCAGCAAUUCUCGGUAUUGGAUAUAUUCAAAAUCUCCUCAACUUAUAUCCUUCCCAUCUAUUGCCUUCCAGCUUUAACUCAGUUGUGCUCCCUUCAAACAUUUUACAUGAUUUGCGAUGGUUACAUGAACUCUGGGGAAGUGAUAUUUGCAACAUCUCAUACUUUAUUCACUAUGGCACUUUAGGAAACGAAAUUGGGAAAAAGCUUCCAAAACAUUAUUUUAAAAAAUGAAUCUUAUUGUGAAACUUCGGAGAAGUUUUCGAACAUUGAUUGUUCUCUUAGCUACCUUUUGCUUGGUGAGCAUUGUCAUUUCUGCCUAUUUUCUCUACUCUGGCUACAAACAGGAAAUGACACUUAUUGAAACCACUGCAGAAGCAGAAUGCACUGACAUCAAAAUUCUACCAUAUCGGUCAAUGGAGCUGAAAACAGUUAAACCUAUUGACACAUCCAAAACGGACCCUACUGUCCUUCUCUUCGUGGAGAGCCAAUACUCUCAACUCGGUCAAGAUAUCAUAGCUAUUUUGGAGUCCAGCCGAUUUCAGUACCACAUGGUUAUUGCCCCUGGAAAGGGAGAUAUACCUCCUCUUACAGAUAAUGGCAAAGGGAAAUACACUUUAGUUAUUUAUGAAAAUAUUCUGAAGUAUGUCAGCAUGGACUCAUGGAAUCGAGAGCUUUUAGAAAAAUACUGUGUGGAAUACAGUGUUAGUAUAAUCGGUUUUCAUAAAGCCAAUGAGAACAGCUUACCAAGUACACAAUUAAAAGGCUUUCCGUUAAACCUUUUCAAUAAUCUAGCUCUAAAGGACUGUUUUGUUAACCCUCAAUCUCCUUUGCUGCAUAUUACCAAAGCCCCCAAGGUUGAGAAAGGCCCUCUUCCUGGGGAAGACUGGACUAUUUUCCAAUAUAAUCAUUCAACCUACCAGCCUGUACUUUUAACUGAAUUACAGACAGAAAAAUCCCUGUCAUCCUUGUCUAGCAAAACACUCUUUGCAACGGUGAUUCAGGAUCUGGGGCUUCAUGAUGGAAUUCAGCGAGUACUUUUUGGCAACAACUUGAACUUUUGGCUGCACAAGCUCAUCUUCAUAGAUGCCAUCUCCUUCUUGUCAGGGAAGAGGCUGACAUUGUCCUUGGACAGGUACAUCCUUGUGGACAUUGAUGAUAUAUUUGUUGGGAAAGAGGGAACAAGGAUGAAUGUCAAAGAUGUGAAGGCAUUACUAGAGACUCAAAAUUUACUGCGCACUCAGGUUGCAAAUUUUACCUUCAACCUUGGAUUUUCAGGGAAGUUUUACCACACAGGGACUGAAGAGGAAGAUGAAGGAGAUGACCUUUUACUUCGAUCUGUGGAUGAGUUCUGGUGGUUUCCUCACAUGUGGAGCCACAUGCAGCCCCAUCUCUUCCACAAUGAGUCAUCUUUAGUAGAGCAGAUGAUUCUCAACAAGGAAUUUGCACUGGAACAUGGAAUACCAAUCAACAUGGGCUAUGCUGUGGCCCCACAUCACUCAGGGGUCUACCCGGUUCACAUUCAGCUGUAUGCAGCUUGGAAGAAGGUCUGGGGUAUUCAAGUCACCAGCACUGAAGAAUAUCCACAUCUGAAACCUGCCCGGUACAGAAAGGGCUUCAUUCACAAUAGCAUCAUGGUCCUCCCUCGACAGACUUGUGGGUUGUUCACUCACACUAUUUUCUACAAAGAAUAUCCAGGAGGACCCCAAGAACUGGAUAAAAGUAUCAGAGGAGGUGAACUUUUUCUCACAAUCCUUCUAAACCCAAUCAGCAUUUUCAUGACCCAUUUAUCAAACUAUGGAAAUGACCGCCUAGGGUUAUAUACCUUUGUGAACUUGGCCAACUUUGUGCAGAGCUGGACCAACCUGAAAUUGCAAACUCUGCCUCCAGUGCAACUGGCCCACAAGUAUUUUGAGCUCUUCCCUGAGCAGAAAGACCCUCUAUGGCAGAAUCCAUGUGAUGAUAAACGACACAAAGACAUCUGGUCCAGAGAGAAAACUUGUGACCACUUACCAAAAUUUCUAGUAAUUGGUCCACAAAAAACAGGAACAACUGCACUUUAUUUAUUUCUUCUUAUGCAUCCUUCAAUCAUCAGCAAUCUCCCUAGUCCCAAGACAUUUGAGGAAGUUCAGUUCUUUAAUGGCAACAACUAUCACAAAGGAAUAGACUGGUAUAUGGACUUUUUCCCUACACCAUCCAAUACUACAAGUGACUUUCUGUUUGAAAAGAGUGCUAAUUACUUCCAUUCGGAAGAAGCUCCAAAACGAGCUGCAUCUCUUGUCCCCAAAGCCAAGAUCAUCACCAUCCUCAUUGACCCCUCAGACAGGGCAUACUCUUGGUACCAGCACCAACGAUCACAUGGAGAUCCAGCUGCUCUGAGGUUCAAUUUCUAUGAAGUUAUUUCAACAGGACAUUGGGCUCCAUCUGACUUAAAAACUUUGCAGAGAAGAUGCCUAGUACCUGGAUGGUAUGCAGUCCACAUAGAAAGAUGGCUAACUUACUUUGCUACUUCUCAGUUGCUAAUUAUUGAUGGACAGCAGCUGAGAUCUGACCCAGCUACUGUGAUGGAUGAAGUCCAGAAGUUUCUGGGAGUUACACCUCAUUAUAAUUACUCUGAAGCACUAACGUUUGAUCCCCAAAAGGGUUUUUGGUGUCAAUUACUGGAAGGAGGAAAGACAAAAUGCCUUGGAAAAAGCAAAGGCCGAAAAUAUCCACCUAUGGAUCCAGAGUCUAGAACGUUCCUCUCUAAUUACUACCGAGAUCAUAAUGUGGAACUAUCCAAACUGCUACACAGACUGGGACAGCCUCUGCCAUCAUGGCUGAGACAGGAACUGCAGAAAGUGAGAUAGCACUGGAGACAAGAACCAAGCCUCUCAAGAUAUUUUUAGUGUU